AUGUCAUUCUUCGGCUCGAUAGAAUCUAUCAAACAUAAGAUUAUAUGGAACAAGGCCAUUGCGUCUUUAGCAGCGAUUUCAGAUCGUAUUAAAUUUAUUGUUUCUCUGGAUUCUUUAUCGCUUUCAGCCAUAAAUAUCGCUGGAACCACUCAUGGCGAAAUCAUAUUCAAGAAGUCUUUUUUUCAUACCUACUAUACCAAAUUUACUCCUAAUAAGGUUGAAGAAAAUGAGGAUAUAAAUCUGAGACAAUAUAUAGAUCAGGAUGAAGAGUCUGGUUCUCUUGAUUGUGAAAUGAAUUCGUAUUCCUUUCUAGUGAAUUCAAAGCAUUUAUUCACCUUGUUUAAAAAUAUGGAUUCUAAUGAUCUUCAUUACAUUUGGCUUAAAGCUGACUGGUCGCCGAAUACACCACGCCCUAUGCAAUACAUUCUAUUAAUUGAAAUUAAGACUAAGAAGCUAAUCAUUAAAAAGUACCGUACGAGCUAUCAACCUGUCGUCAAGAAUAAGCUAAAAAUUGCAGAAAGGUAUCAUCAGAAUUUAUAUGAUCAAUCUUCUGAUGCCGAAAAUCAUUCUCCUAAUUGUAUCAAUUUCUUUAUAAUUGAACAAAUCAUCUUCAAGGACUUUUUGGACCUAUUGCCUUCAACCACUGAAGACUUUAAAAUAGAGGCUAAAAAUGAUAGGAUUCUGUUUACAGGGUUUACUAAACAAAUUGUUCAGGAGAAGGAAAUACUUAAACAUCCUAUGUCAGUUACUAUCACCCUCAGUAUCGAAGAGCUUAUAAAUUCUAAUCUUCGUCAAACUGAAAUGAUUGAUGUGGUAUCUAAGAAAGCAAUAACAUUCAGAUUACGUGAUCUUCGGAAUUUUAUUCUGUUGCUUACCAGCAUUUUUGGUGCAAAUGAGGGUUUCAAGAAUGAAGAGUUCAAAGAUCUUAGUUUGAGUGAUUAUAAUUUCGAGAUCUUCUUUAGAAAGGCUGGUGAUCCCAUAUUAUUUGAAAUGAAAAGCGAUCCUAAUUUACUCGUCCAGUAUGUACAGAUCACAGGAAAAGAGGGCCCGGUAUCCGAUGAUGAUAAAAACUCUGAUACCUUUGUAUUACCUAGACAUGUCCUUCGGGAUAUUAAAGAGCAAAGUACAAUAGAGGUACCUGAUCUUCCUCAUCUCUCUUCGCUUUAUUCUAAAUCAGCUACCGAGGAGGUUCAUCUGCGCGCGAAUAUAAUGGGAAGUCUUGCAAUAGAUUCUACAAGAGUAACUUCACUUUAUGGUGACAUUCGUAAUGACGAAGAGGAAACAUCUCAUCUACGUGAAGCAUCAUCUGAGCCUUUGGAUAUAGUGACUUAUGAUAAAUCGGUGACGUCUAACAUUGAAUUGAGUAUGAAGAGACAUAUUGACAAUACGAGAACAUCUGCCGGUGCAAAACGAGUAAAACAAGGUUUACCAAAUAAAAGGAUUAUCAUUGAUCAAGACCAAGAUACCGACUAUUCGAAAAGUGAUGAGGAAACUUAUUUCCUCGGUCCGACUCAGAUUCAUGACAAACCUAAAUCUAUUUUAGAUUGA